CUUGGAUGCAGCUGGUCUGCCAUGGAAACCCAUUCCAUGAAGCUCUUUAUGCACUAUUGUUGUGCUAAUCUGAAGGCCACAUGAAGUUUGGAGGUCUUUACCUACUGACUCGGCAUACAGUUGGCGACUUCUGCACACCGUGCGCUUCAUCAUGCACUGACCCCGCUCUGUCAUUUUACGUGGCGUACCACUUCGUGGCUGAGUUGAUGUUGUUCCCAGUUGUGUCCACUAUGCUAUAAUACCACUAACAGUUGACUGUGGAAUAUUUAUUAGCAAGGAAUUUUCACUGUUGGACUUAUUGCACAGGCUUUCACAAAUGUUUGUAGAAGCAGUCUGCAU